AUGGACACAGACACAGGCAUGCACCAAAACCAACACAACAACCACCUCCACAACCAGCACAGCAACAACAACCAACACAACAACCACCUCCACAACCAGCACAACAACCACCUCCACAACCAACACAACAACCAACAGUUCAAAACCCUGCACAACAACAACCACAAACAGAGCAAGGACAUAAAAGAAGUAGAGAACAAGGAAACCAAGAAUUCUUAA